AUGAAAUGUCAAAAUUAUUGAACCGGGUCCAAAGAUAAAUAUUUACUUUUUCCACAAUGUCCAGAGAAAUCAACAAAACUAGACAAAUUAAUUUAGAAAAAGUAUGUAGGUCGUGUUUGUCAGAAAGAGGACAUUUGAGAGAUAUAUACCCAACUAGAAUACCAAAAAUGAUGGAAAGUUGUGCCUCUGUACAGGUUUCGGAAAACGAUGGUUUACCCAGCAACGUUUGUGUCACUUGCUUUCAUCUGAUUUCUAAAUUCUAUGCAUUUAAAAAGAAAAUGGAAAGAAGCGAUCGGAUACUGAGACAAUAUAUUAGAUAUAACAGAAUAAAACAAAGUGAUAUUAUUAACAUUGCUUUAAGUGAAGCUGAAAUUCAUGAGACUGCAGACGGCACAGAUGAACCUAAUGAUACUUUAAUACAGUUAAUCGAAGAUAAUGGGGAAGUAAGUGAAGAAGACAUUCCAUUAAGUAAAAGAAUAAUUAAACUAGAACAAAUUGGUAGAAGGGAACAUGAAUUUAAAGGCGAUGAAUUACAGGAAUUAGAUUUAAGCGAGUCCAACAUUGAGGACUUUAAAAGUGGUGAUACCGUACAGAUUUUUACAGAUGGACCUCCUCCACUAGUACCCUUAGCACCUGUUAAAAAGCAUAGGCAUAAUGAAACAGUUGUGAAAGAUUUACCCAAAGAUACACCCCCUCUUGUUCCCAUCAAGCCACUAGUGAAUAUAGAAGUACUAGAAAAGAUAAUUGAAAAAAAUGAGGAUAUUACAUAUAAAUGCACCACUUGCAAAAAAGAGUUUGAGUCAGUAUUAGCUUUAAAAGAACACAAAUUGAACACUUGCCAACCUAAUGCUUUACAGUGCAAUAUAUGCAGAAAAGAAUUUAAAGAUUCAAAAAAACUAAUAGGACAUUUAAAAGGCCAUAUGGUCGCCAAAGACUAUGUGUGUAAAAUUUGCGGUAAACGGUACCCUAAUCCAAGUACUUUCACUGUUCAUAUGAGAACUCAUACCGGCGAACGGCCAUUUAAGUGUCAAAUUUGCAAUAAAGGUUUUGUCCGUUGGGCUGGUGUUGUUGGGCACAUGAAAACCCACGAAGAGCACAAGCCUUACAAGUGCGAAACGUGCAGUAAAAGCUUUAAAAUCUCUUCCAAUUUAGAGAGGCACAAGAUCCUGCAUUCUGGCAGUCUGCCUUACUGUUGCAGUUACUGCGGGAAGUGCUUCAGCCAGUCGGAUAAUUUACAGUUACACAUCAGGACGUAUCACACCUACGAACGUCCUUACUUGUGUAGCGAAUGCGGAAAAGGUUUCGUCAGUUCCACGAGAUUAAAUCGACACAUGUGGGUGCAUUCCGGUUACAAACCGUAUAUAUGUGCAUCUUGCCCUAAAGCAUAUUCUAAUUCCAACGAUUUAAAGAACCACGAAAGAAAUCAUCUUGGAAAAAAAGGGGAUGAAUAUAAAAAUUGGGCGUGCGAUAUAUGCGAUAUGAAAUUCUACCAACCAUGUAGACUAGCAAAGCAUAAAAAAACUCACAAUAAGCCUUAUGUGUGCCACAUUUGCAACAAACCAUUUACCUCCAAUUCCGUUCUAAGCAAACAUAUAGAAAAUAAACAUGGUAUGACUUAUGUAGAAGAGAGUAUCUUGCAGCCUGAUGAGGGCGUUAGUCAAUUAUUCGUACAGUAUCAUCCUCAAGAACUAGAAAAAAAUGAACCAAUGUUGGAAUAUGAGAAAGUGGAAUCUCUUAAUUUUUCAAAAACGGAACCUCUUCAUUUUCUCUAAUGUAGGACCUGUUAAAAAAUUCACUAUUUCAGCUGCUUAUUUUUCUCAAAUAUUUCACACAAAAAUUAAUACAAAAUAAUUGCAGACAAAAAUAUGUUAUCCUAAUUACAUUUGUUAAUAUGAGUUCUCUAUUCAUAAUUUUAAUUAUGUCUGUUUUUACUACAAUUAGCUUUCAGUUUGUUAAUAAAUGUUUUUAAAAGUAAUUUCUUAACACAGGUUUAUAACACACAAAGAGAUAU